UCUCUCCGUCUUCUCUUCAUCAUCGUCUCAUUGGCAUUUUUCCAUUCCCAUUUAUUGUUAUCAGGAAUACUAAUUUAUUAUCACUUUGACUGCUCACGAAACCACACUUGAUUCUUAGUCCAUCUGUCUCCUUCUCUCUCGCUUUCAUUCUCUGCCGGCUUUCUUCUUCCCGAAGUUCAUUCCUUUCUCGAAUUUCAAUCAGGACCCAAGUCAAGGGAGGGAUCGGUGCUUCUUGUCUCCUUGCUCUAAUAUCCCAACUGGGUCGGUCUCGGAAUUGGAUGAUUUGCUUUUCCCCUGCCUCCAAUUUCUCAGGAAAACGUAUGAGCUGAUUGUUUGGGCAUCAGGGAAAUGGGGGCUUCAAACUCUAAAGUAGAAGAAGACAAAGCUCUACAGCUUUGCCGCGCAAGAAAGAAGUUCGUCAGGCAAGCACUUGAUGGUAGAUGCUCCCUUGCUGCUGCUCAUAUUGCAUACAUUCAGUCCCUAAAAACUACAGGAAUCGCAUUAAGAAGAUUUGUAGAACCAGACCUUCUUCCAACUGAAUCAUCACUCUACACCUCCACUAGUGCAACGCCGGAGCCACACGUUGUAACCGAGAAGUCCUACUCACACUUCUCCCUCUCUCCACCAUCUCUAUCCCAUCCUGGGGAUGGAACAAAUGAAAACCUCUCUAGAUCCCCUACUCCCCCUAGCUCUCGUAGGUUUCAGGUUCACCAUAUGAAGUUCAAAGGCUUCCCUUCUAGAAAGGUCGAAGAGAAGCCUCCUGUUGCCGUUACAGCCACAGUGACCUCAUCAAGCACCCUACAGGAUACACCACCACCACAGUCCGCCGAAAAGCCAGAAGCAAUACCACCCUUUGAACCUCCUCCAUCUGCUACGCCUGGAACUCCACAAUGGGAUUACUUUCAGCUUUUUCAUCCAAUUGACAAUGAGUUCUCUUUCCAAGAUGGGAAGGAAAAUGGAAAUAGUCAUGGCUAUGAGCAUGGUGAUGACAUGGCACGGCAUAGGGAGGAGGAGGGGAUUCCUGAGCUGGAAGAUGAGGAAGAAGAUAAGGGUUCAUUUCUUGGGACUGAUGAUGGAUAUGACGACUCUGAAGAUGGAUUUGAUGAUGACCCUCCUCCCCCAGAGAGACUUGUGCGGAGUUAUCAGAAUGUCAACAUGGUGCAUGAUCAUGUCAGUGCUUCGCCUACCGUGCCUUCUGCACGAAGUGUAGCUUCCGAAGGGGGGUUGUUGAAUGGGGAGAAGAGUAACUCGCCUUAUUUAUCGCCGCUAAGAACUCCUUCCUCAACUGUUGCUGCUUCAGCCGAGAAAAAGAAAACACCUGUGAAAGAAGAUCAGAAUGAGAACAAGGUUACUCCUAAGGACUUCUUUUCGAGCAUGAGAGAUAUCGAGUAUCUGUUUAUAAAGGCUUCCGAGUCUGGGAAAGAAGUUCCAAGGAUGCUCGAAGCAAAUAAAUUUCACUUUCGUCCCGUAGCUGGAACAAAAGAUAAUGGGUCAGUGGCUUCCACUUUUCUGAAGGCGUGUUUUUCUUGUGGGGAUGAUCCUACACAUGUGCCAGAAGAACCCGUCCAAGAUGCUGUGAAGUACCUGACUUGGCAUAGGACAACUUCUUCGCGAUCAUCAUCAUCUAGAAAUCUUCUCGGAAUGAAUGCUAAAGAUGAUGCAGAGGAUCUCGCUGGUAAUCUCUUUGAGAAUUUCUGUAUGAUCUCUGGCAGUCAUGCUUCAACGUUGGAUAGACUGCAUGCUUGGGAGAGAAAACUUUAUGAUGAAGUAAAGGUAUGGCGGUUCUCAUUCGUUCUAUUUAUGUCUGUCUAUAUCACUUGGUGGAAGUGUUAAAGAAAUUAUAGAAAUUAAAUUUUUGUAAUCCACAUUUCAGGCCAGCGAAAUGGUCAGGAGGGAAUAUGACGCUAAAUGCAGGUUCUUAAGACAGCUGGAAUCGAAAAAUGAAAGUUCGUAUAGAAUCGAUAAAACCCGUGCCAAUGUUAAGGAUCUACAUUCGAGAAUCAGGGUUGCGAUUCAAAGAAUCGAUUCCAUAUCAAUGAGGAUUGAGGAAUUACGUGACAAAGAGCUUCAGCCGCAACUCGAGGAGUUGAUUGAGGGGCUAAGCCGAAUGUGGGAAGUGAUGUUCGAAUGCCACAAACUGCAGUACACAAUCAUCACCAUAGCAAACACGAAUGCCAAAAUCUCCCUGCAGUCGGAAUCUCGCCGUCAGAUCACUCUCCACCUCGAAUCCGAGCUCGGCUCACUGUCAUCUACAUUCACAAAGUGGAUGAAUUCCCAAAAAUCCUACCUCAAGUCCAUCAAUGACUGGUUAUUCACCUGCGUGGUGCUUCCAGAGAAAACCUCCCGGCGUACGAAGCGAGCCCCAAACCCUUCCUCCACACUGAGACACUUUGGGGCGCCAAUCUACGCCACGUGUGGGGUAUGGCUCGACAAGCUCGAGUCUUUACCAGCCAGAGAGGUGGCCGACUCGAUAAAAGGUCUGACCACCGAGACAAGCCGGUUCAUACCUCACCAGGACAGGAAGCAAGGGAAGAAGAUGGCCACAACAACCGAGUUGCCACCAUCGUGGAAGGGCGACAACGAUAACAGGAGCGAUGACGUGGCAGCAGAUGAUGAUAAUGGCGGUCCUCGCGGUUCUGAGCGAUUCAGGUCGAGCUUGGAGGGGUUCAUCGGCCAGCUCAGCAAGUUUGCAGAGUUGUCGGUGAACAUGUAUAAAGAGGUCGAGAAGGCGAUCCAGGAUGCGAAGCAUCAGUUCGAGGUGAACUCGCAGAUGCAGACUCAAACUGGAUAGUCGGAUCCUGGCUGGGUGAGAAGAUUCAGAAAGGUACAGAAGUUUGAGUUGGAUGUGUGAUCUUGUUGUACAUGGUGAAAUGGUGAUGAUAAAAAAAGGGGUACAUGGAGGCAGAGAGAGAAUAGUAUUGGUAGUGAAUUUGAUAGAGAGAAUAAUGCUUAAAUGAAGGGUUGAGCACAAUUUUGGAUACAACGGGGAGGGAAGGGGGGAUUUUUUUGUAAGGGUUUGUGAAGUGAUGAUAGUUAUUGGCUGAUGGUGGUGGCGGAACUGGAAUAUAUACAGAACAGAAUUGAAUCUAGAGAACUAACUCUAGGAUAGAAACAUUAUGGACCAGAUUUAAGCCCUUUUUAAGUGAUGUUUUAAGUUUUAGAAGCCAUGUUAUAUCGUUCAAAUCAGUUAGGCUUUCUUAUCACAGUAGACAAAACGUGGUUCUGGUUCUGGUUCUGGUGUGGCAUCAAAUGCAAGGUUCUACCACUCCAUGAUUUUCUACAAUCAUCUUCUUGUAUUCAAAUACUUUAAAAUCAUAUGAAAAGAAUAAGCAUGUGUGUGACUAUAGCAU